GGUUUUCACGGCAGAGGAGAGGACUCUUAUUUUUGUCCAGCGUGUGGUAUCUGCUGCCCGGAAUUCAAAGGCCAGCUUUGCUCCUGAGGGAGAAAAAUGGCGUCGGUUUGGGAUGAGGCGGAGGAUGGCAUCGGGGAAGAGGUGUUGAAGAUGUCCACGGAAGAGAUCGUCCAGCGUACCCGCCUGCUGGAUAGUGAGAUAAAGAUCAUGAAGAGUGAAGUAUUGAGAGUAACUCAUGAGCUACAAGCAAUGAAAGACAAGAUUAAAGAAAAUAGUGAAAAGAUCAAAGUGAAUAAAACUCUGCCAUACCUUGUAUCCAAUGUCAUAGAGCUGCUGGAUGUUGACCCCAAUGACCAGGAAGAAGAUGGAGCAAAUAUUGACCUUGAUUCACAAAGGAAGGGCAAGUGUGCUGUCAUUAAAACCUCUACUCGACAGACUUACUUUCUACCUGUGAUUGGGUUAGUUGAUGCUGAAAAAUUAAAGCCUGGAGAUCUAGUGGGAGUGAACAAAGACUCCUACCUGAUUUUGGAAACCUUGCCCACAGAGUAUGACUCAAGGGUGAAAGCCAUGGAAGUGGAUGAGAGACCUACAGAACAAUACAGUGAUAUUGGAGGGCUAGAUAAACAAAUCCAAGAGCUGGUAGAAGCUAUAGUUCUGCCAAUGAAUCAUAAAGAGAAAUUUGAAAACCUGGGAAUCCAACCUCCUAAAGGGGUGCUCAUGUAUGGACCUCCAGGAACAGGAAAGACUCUCUUGGCCAGAGCUUGUGCUGCACAGACAAAGGCUACAUUCUUGAAACUAGCUGGUCCACAAUUGGUGCAGAUGUUUAUUGGUGACGGAGCCAAGUUGGUCCGGGAUGCCUUUGCAUUGGCUAAGGAGAAAGCACCUUCUAUCAUCUUUAUCGAUGAACUUGAUGCCAUUGGCACAAAGAGGUUUGACAGUGAAAAAGCUGGAGAUCGUGAAGUACAGAGGACCAUGUUGGAAUUGCUUAAUCAGCUUGAUGGGUUUCAACCCAACACACAAGUCAAGGUGAUUGCUGCAACCAAUCGUGUUGAUAUCCUAGAUCCUGCUUUGCUACGCUCAGGACGGUUAGACCGCAAGAUUGAAUUCCCAAUGCCCAAUGAAGAGGCCAGAGCCAGGAUUAUGCAGAUCCAUUCACGCAAAAUGAAUGUCAGUCCUGAUGUGAAUUACGAAGAGCUGGCACGAUGCACAGAUGAUUUCAAUGGUGCACAGUGCAAGGCUGUGUGUGUAGAAGCGGGAAUGAUUGCCCUUAGGCACGGAGCAACAGAACUUACCCAUGAAGAUUACAUGGAAGGAAUUUUGGAGGUGCAGGCCAAGAAAAAAGCCAAUUUGCAAUAUUAUGCCUGAUUUUUGUUCCUAAAUUGGAUAUUAAAGCCUUGAUACAAAAAGCUCAAGAGUUGUAACUUUUGCAACUGAGUUCAUUGUGUGAACUUUCACUUAUGAAAAAAAUAAAUUAAUAAAAAAUGUUUCAU